UUCAAAACAAUGGGUCGAGGAUUCAAACCUUGACAUUUUACCAGUCUAGAAACUCAAAAAAACCUCCAAAUGUCUGAUCCUUAAUCAUACCCCAUCACUGCAGCAGUGUCCUUUUAUAAAGCUCUAAAAGCUGCCACCACAGAUUGGCACUCAACUAUAGCACUUAAGAUUGAUUUGGUACGGGCAACCGCCAAAAUCCCCAAAUAGAGCAGAGAGAAUAAGGGGAAGUCAGGAUAAAAAUCUGGUGAAGAGUAACAGCUUAAUACCAUAAUCUUGGUGGGCAUUGGGUCAUGGUGGAGAAUCUUACCCUCAAAUUUUAUUGUUAGUGUGGAAGCCCACUUGGGUACUCUUUCAUUAUCUUACCGACCUCAUCCUCUACUCCUUUAAAUUCUUCCUCUCCUCUCUCUGCCUGUUUGAGUCCAAUCCCAUCUCAUUUUCAUCUUUUCAUCAGAAGCACACAACAAUGCUUCUUCCAGAUUUGCAAACUAGGACGCAGGCACCAGUUCUGGUGCCUCCAUCUCUGCCCACUCCCUUCGAAUGCCUUUAUCUCUCUAAUCUGGAUGACCAGCUGUUCCUUAGGUUUUCCAUCAAAUAUUUGUUUUUGUACCACAGAAAAGAUAAUGACAAGGAGAAUGAUGGAGAUGCAGGCGAACGUAUAAAGACUGCUCUGGGCAGAGUUCUUGUCUAUUAUUAUCCAUUGGCUGGAAGGCUGAGGAGAAGCGAGAAAGAGCCGGAUAAAUUAGAGGUUGUUUGCAAUGGUGAAGGAGCUCUGUUCGUGCAGGCUCAUUCUGACUUGACUCUCCAAGAAUUCCAGCGUCUCCCCAAGCCUUGCAAGUCAUGGAGGAAACUCUUACACAAGGUGCAGGCUGACAGUUUUGUGGACAUUCCACCGCUUGUAGUUCAGGUCACAGAACUAAAGGGUGGUGGAGUGGUGGUGUGUGUAGCAAUAAGCCAUUGCUUGUGUGAUGGCUUGGGAAGCUCACAAUUUGUCCAUACAUGGGCACAAAUUGCUCGAAAGGCAACAGAUAUGGACCCAUUUCCCUUGCCAUACUGGGGGCGAGAGCUACUAAGGCCUAGAAAUCCACUUCAAAUCCAAUAUUCACACCCUGAAUUCAGACCUGUCCCUGACCUAUGCAACUUGAAGAGCAGGUUGAGCAGCGAUACCUUAGUCCGCACUUCCCUCCGUUUCACCGGAGAUCAGCUCUCUGCUCUUAAAAGAACCGUUUGUAAUGACAAAGAUGGUACCACUUGCACAUCCUUUGAAGCCAUCUCCAGCCACAUCUGGAGGUGUUGGAUUAGGGCCAUGGGGCUACCUGGUGGGCAGAGCAUCAAGCUGCUCUUCAGCGCCAAUGUGAGGCACAAGCUCCAACCACAGCUUCCUGCGGGCUUCUAUGGAAACGCCUUUGUGCUUGCCUGUGCAGAGAGCACUGUAGAUGAGCUCACAGAGCGCCCUCUCUCCUACGCCGUACAGCUUUUGCAGAAGGCCAAGGCCAGACUUUCGGAUGAUUAUGUACGCUCCGUGAUUGACUAUUUGGCUGAUAAAAGUGUCCGGCCUGAUAUGGUGGCGAGUUUGGUGAUUUCACAGUGGUCGAGAAUGGAGCUAAUGGAAGUGGAUUUUGGGUGGGGGAAGCCCCUUCAUGCUGGGCCCCUUGCCAGUGACAUUUAUUGCCUUUUGCUGCCUUCUUCCUCUGCGCCGAAUGCUGCCCUAGAUGUUCUGCUCUCCCUGCCCGAGUCUGUUCUUCAUAGGUACGCGUUUUACAUGCGGAGCAUUUCAGAUUUUGCCCCCAAAUCUCCUUGAUCUGCUCAAGCCCCACAAAUGAUUUUGGAUGGAUGUCAAAAUCUUGACCUGUACUGGUGAUGGAUCACACAUCAUUGCCGUAAUCUUGUCAGCGAAAUAUCUCGAUGAUGAAUCAUCGAAAAUCUUUAAAGGCUGUCACUGUUGCAGAUUUUACCUCGGAAUUUCCUUGAUGUACUUAGGGCAAACCUACAAGUAAUAUUGGAUGCAUGUAAAGUAUUUUGACCUUCCUUAUGAUGGAUUGCACAAUUUGUCCUUUAA